AUGGCGGCGACAAAAGUGCAGAACAGAAGGAGGAAGCCAAAUCUUCUGCGCAAAGCCUCUCGACAGCCGGAAGAGCUGAGGAAAAGCCGUUCAAGGCAGCUGCGCCGCCGGAAGACCACUCCCUCGCCGGAGAAGGAAUGUCCAAGGUUCAAUGGAGUGGUUUCGGCUUGCAUUUGCCUGCUUUUGGACUUCUUCCUGGGCCUGCUCCGUCACAAAAAGGGGACUCCAGGCAACCCCUUUAGGGUGUUGAUGUUCAUUCAUUUGGACCCUUCACAUGAUUCUCAGCGAGGCCGACAGCAUCCUGCCACAACGCCUCGUCGUGUGCUCCUCGACACUGGGGCUGAAUUCAACUUGAUAUCCCAUGGCGCCUUCGCAGAACUGCAUCUGACGGAGCAUCCUAAUAAUGAUUUCGUCAGGUCAAUUGGCGGGACCACCAAGCUGGAAGGCACGGUCUCUCUGGACUGGCAUUUUCCGAGUCCGGUCCCGUCGUUGAACCAUCCUUUGAUACUUCACCGUGCUCCCUUCCAUAUCCUGCCCCCUGAUGCCGACGCAAUGUUCGACUGCAUCAUUGGUCGUCAAUGGAUCCAAGAAAACCCGAUGGAGUUUGUGGCCUUGUUUGUGAUGAAUCUGCUACGGACCGAUGUCGCUUGA